ACCGCCGAGACGCAUCCGUUGACCAGUCCGUGCGUCCGUCCUUCCAUCCUUCCUUCCUCCAAAUUCAAUCAUAUUCGAUUUCCCUGCUUCGACGAUCCAUCCAUCCAUCCAUCCAAAACCUCUCUUUCUCUCCCACAACACGAAGAGAGAGAGAGAGAGAGAAAGAGAGAGAGAGAGAGAGAUUCCUUCCUUGGGAACGAUCGCCGGCGGGCGGAAUCGGCGGGCGGUGCAAGGGGGCGCUUCUGGGGUUGCGGGUGGUGGUGGUGGUUCGACAUGGACAGGGUGCUGGGCAAGCUGCGGAGCUUGGACGCCUACCCCAAGAUCAAUGAGGACUUCUACAGCCGCACCUUCUCCGGCGGCGUCAUCACCCUCGUCUCCUCCGUCUUCAUGCUCCUCCUCUUCUUCUCCGAGUUCAGACUGUAUCUUCAUACCGUUACCGAGACAAAGCUACUCGUUGAUACUUCAAGAGGGGAAAAGUUGAAAAUAAAUUUUGAUGUUACAUUCCCCGCCAUUCCGUGUUCAUUACUCAGUGUUGAUGCAAUGGAUAUCAGUGGAGAGCAACACCUUGAUAUAAGGCAUGACAUAGUCAAGAAAAGAAUCGAUCCUCAACAUAAUGUUAUCGAAGUCAAGCCUGAUGUGAUCGGUGCACCAAAGAUUGACAAGCCUUUACAGAAACAUGGCGGUAGGCUUGAGCAUGAUGAAACGUACUGUGGGACCUGUUAUGGUGCUGAAGCGUCAGAUGAUGAUUGUUGCAAUACAUGCGAAGAGGUUCGUGAUGCAUACAGAAGAAAAGGUUGGGCAGUGACAAAUGUCGAUCUAAUCGACCAGUGUAAGCGAGAAGGUUUUGUCCAAAAAAUAAAAGAUGAAGCGGGUGAAGGAUGUAAUAUCCACGGAUCUCUAGAGGUUAAUAAAGUGGCUGGAAAUUUUCAUUUUGCAGCUGGGAAGAGUUUUCACUUAUCAAAUUUCAAUGUGCAAGAUUUGAUUGCUUUCCAAACAGAGAGCCACAAUAUCAGUCACAAGAUCAACAGCUUAAGUUUUGGUGAUUACUUUCCUGGUGCGGUGAAUCCUCUAGAUGGGGUACAAUGGGCGCACGAAACACAAAAUGGCAUGUACCAGUACUUCAUCAAGGUUGUCCCCACGAUAUAUAAAGAUAUCAGAGGCCGAACAGUAAACUCAAAUCAGUAUUCUGUCACCGAGCAUUUUAGGAAUAAUGAGAUGGGACGUCCUCAGUUACUUCCUGGAGUAUUUUUCUUCUAUGAUUUUUCUCCAAUAAAGAAUAUCAUGCGGCAGGUUACCUUCAAAGAGGAGCACAUUCCAUUUUUGCACUUCAUUACCCACAUUUGUGCUAUAGUUGGAGGAAUAUUCACAGUUGCUGGAAUAGUGGAUUCAUUCAUCUACCAUGGGCAAAAAGCCAUCAAGAAGAAGAGGGAGAUUGGGAAAUUCAGUUGACCCUUUGCUGCUUGCUCUUGUUGACCCAGCGAUCUGGUUAGGCCUUGGUGCAGAAGUCGCAAAACUGUUCUAUAUUACGGUGGAGGGUCAUUAAAUUGGUGUAACCAAUAGGUGUUCAUGGUAGUUUACGAGAUUUGAGUUUCUAUUUUUGUUUCCAGUGACCUCUCCUCCAGUUACACCAUUUGCAGGUUGCCUGCAGCGUCGCUUUCCGAGGAUUUAACUAUGAAAGGGCAAAUUCUUUCUUUUA